AUGGGAAUGAUACAAACCGAGUCUCCCUACUUCCAGCCAUUGCCUGCUGCACCCUUGCCAUUUACGCCUGGUCUAUUCCCCGGAGACCCUGAUUUCACAAACUGCACCUCAUCCUCCAAGACUUGUGGCUUCUCAUGGAGUAUGCGGAUUUUGGACUCUUCAACCGUUUAUCUCCUUGGCGCAGGAUUCUACAGUUGGUUCUCGGACUAUUCGCAGAAAUGUGUCGAUGAAGACCUUUGCCAAGACCGUGGGUUCCAAAUCGAGGAGAGCUAUGAUACAUGGAUCUACAAUUUGGUCACCAAGGCAAUUUCCGAGAUGGUGAGCCCGACGGGUGAAACCCCAACUUAUGCUAAGGACAACAAGAAUGGAUUUUUAUCCUCUUUACUUGCUUGGAUCCGAGGCUCGAAGGUGGUGAUUGGUGGUCGCGACCUCCCAGGCUUUUAUGUCUGGGACGCUAAUACUGACGCGGAUUUGAUGACUGGCCUGCCUGAUUCCUGCAAAACCUCACUCACCCAAUUAGUCGGAUGUGAUUCGUACGCGCGGCUGUUUUUGGCUGAGAGUUAUCGGGGAUCAUUGGGUAAUGACACUCUCACAGAAUCAGUCUGUGAUGAAAGUUGCGGCGUCUCAUUGAAGCGCUGGUUUGAUAAUGUUGCUUCUGACUGCAAGGGAUACAAUGUUUCUGAUUCCGCUGCCACCAAAUAUGGUGGACAGAUCUGGUCUGGCUGGAACGAAACCUGUCUCAAAGAUACCAGAACGGGAGAAUACUGCAAUGAUUUGAUAUCCGAAUAUCCAGCCGUUGACUUCCUAGAUGACAUGCCGGAAUCGGAAAUCUGCUCAUUCUGCUUUGUCGAGAGGCUGGGAAUUAUGCAGCGGUCGUCAUACUCCUUCUAUGAUGAAGGGUUCCAGGAUCAGUUGGGUACCGUCAAUGCUAAAUGUGGACUGUCUGUUCCGACAGCCAAGCCCCCAUCGCUAGAUGCACCCCCUGAGUUUCUACCUGACCCAAUCUGCAUCUCGAAUCAAACGUAUCAGACAGUCUCCGGUGACACAUGUGACUCUAUCGCUUUGAGAUACAAUGUUUCAUCUGCUUCCCUGGUCAUGGCGAACAAUCGCCAGCUCAUGGUCUGCAACGACUUGACUGCAGAGAUGGAUCUUUGCAUACCAAGCAGCUGUGCAUCCACAUACACCCUCAAGAGCAACGACACCUGUACAUCCAUCGAAUCGUCGGGCCUUCGCCAGCGUGGUGAUGUGAGGAAAUACAACUCAUGGGUUGAAUGGGACUGCUCCAAUCUUCAAACAUCAACUGACUUCUGGGGCCACAUAAUUUGCCUCGGCGUUCAAGGAGGUACAUACACUGCUACUGCCUCGAUUCCGGGAGUUACUCUAGCCCCCGAAGAGAGCACAGGAUAUUCAAAUUCACGCGUCGCGCCCCCGGCCAAUGCUACUGCCGCUGAAGGUACAACCUUGAAGUGUGGCAAGUGGCGCGUUGCUGUGAAGGGAGAGACUUGUGCACAGAUCUGCCUGCAAGAAUCAAUCACCUCAAGUCUAUUUGUCGGAGUGAACCCGUCUCUCGCAAGUUCGAAUUGUUCCGACGGUUUAAUCGUUGGAAAUGCAUACUGUGUCGGCCCUAAUCCGGGAUGGUCGUUCUCUAAUUCGACUACUUCCUUAAGCACCCAAGGAAGGACUCCAGGGAGCAGCUCAAUGCCAGUUUCCGCAGCUAUUCUUUGA